AUGGUUAAUCAUAGAUAUAAUGCAGCUGACAAGGACAUGUCAGAUUCUUCAUCGUCCAUGGUGGUAGAUCUGAGUCUGUCUCCAUCUUGCUCUCCCUCACCACCCUCUCCCAUAGACAGCGGCGCUAGCUGGAGCCCCACAGCGCCUCUUCUGGCCUCAGAAUCCGAAAGCACAACGUACCACGAGGACAGCGCCUCUCCUCCUCCAGGUUUCCAGUUCUUUCUGCCGAUUGGUGCAGAGGGUCCCCUGCGCCUGCCCUCCUCGAUGCUGAUUGGUCAGCACUCCCCUGAGCCCUUGAGUGAUGAACAGCUGUCCUGCCGCUGGCUAAAAGUGAGUGAGAGAAAGCUGGUAUUACUGUUUUGA